CAUUCAUUCACUACAAAAGCCCCACACACGCCACGACCCGGGUACCCCUUGCAGUAUACUACACGGCCUGUCUGUCUGUCUGUAUGGCCUUCAUGAUCACGUCUCCACCACCAGAGCGAGAGCCAGAUAUGCACACGCCGCCAGAGAGGUGAAGCCGAAGGUCACGUGCUCAGAAAACGACAGCUGAAUGCGUUUCCUCCACGCCUCAAUCCCAUACGCCCAGUCCUCCGCAACAAAUGCAACGAUAUCCGUCACAUACUCGACACACAGGAUGAUGGUCGCGCGGACAGCCAGCUCCCCGCCACUUAUGACCCCCCACUUGCGAUCGGCAUCUUCCUGCGGCGAUGUCAUUGACACGUCCUCCGUCGAGCUGUCUGCUGGUGAGCCGCUUGUGAGCGUCACCAACGAGCCGAGAACAACUGCACACAUCCACACACCACGACAACAGAGUACGAUGGAUGUCUGUUGCUGAGGGUUCCCAGUGGGAUCAGCAACCCAUUUAAUCGGUUGCCGCUCCCGGCCUCUCUGAGUCCCCUUCAGCUAUGGUCUGUCUUGCACUCGCUGGGUAUUCUCUGCCUCUUCAUUGACGUGACGUGACGCAAAGAGACCAAAGCGGUGCACUCUCUGCCUGCCUGUCUGUCUGUCUGUCUGUCUGACCCCCUGGCCUCUCCCCUGCACUUACGACUGUAUGAAAGCGCCACAAUGGCGAUCACGUUGAUGAGCAGGUCAGCGAGGAUAAGAUUGGCUGCCGUGAUCUCCCUCCGGUGAAUGAACGCACCCCUGUCGGACUGCAGCAGCACGAAUGUCCGACUCCUCGCCACCCCGCUGUUGUGGUUCUCCAAGCCCAUGAUUGCGGUCUGUCCCUCUGGCGACGUGGCUCUCUCCUGGACUGAGACCGCCAGCUUUUCCCCGUCGCGUGCCGACACGCCAUCCUCCUCCUCCUCCCCCCUUGCUUGUGACGCAUCAUCUGCCCUCUUCUCAUCGGAAGAGACCUCGGGUCGUUGUGAAGGGUCACCUAGCCCACCGCUGUCCUCUGCCGCACUUGCCCCGCUCCUGCGGCUUGAUGGCCGACGCGACUUUGCGGAUCCAUCCAUCUCAAGCCACGGCCCAUCCACCACAGGGAUCCCCUGUGUCCCAGCCCGACUGUCUACCCGGCUGACACGCGAUGAUGCCCGUAAUGUAACACUGUCAAGCGACAUUGACCUCGACCGCCACCUCUCGAGCAUCCUCUCCGUCGAUAUGGAGCGAGCCAUUGACGGUUGAUGCGCAAGGGGGGCUGGCCAAAGGGGCGACAAGCCCUGAGGCGGCGAGCGGCUGACUGAUGGGGGUGCAGAGCGCACAACCACCAGGGCACCUUCAUCGCCAUUCUCUGAUGGCUCCUGGGCAGCCGAUGCGUCUUGAUCGUUGUCUGCGUCGUUUUGUGACGGCAGGAUGUACAGAGAGGGAUGAGGGGAGGGGGAAAGGUGCUCCACAUGGCCUGACGACGGACGCGCAGGGAGUGUGGGGGGCGGCGGGCUGCUGCGGUGUAGCAUGGUGUCAUCAGAGGUCGACAACGACAGCGACAGAGAACUCGUGCUCAGACGGGGCACCAGGACGCUCACUGAACCACACAGACAUGCACCUGUGUACAGGGACCCCUUUGGCUAUGUUUUCAUUCUGACCUCUGGCCUUGAUUUGUGUGGCCGUCUCGGCGACGGCCGUCUUCAUUUUCUUGCCUUGCGCACUGUAGUAGACGCGGCCCCAGAGUGCCAAGACCGCUCUGGCACCAAACUCGGCCAACGCCUGGAGGAACACGGCUAUCAGCAACACCUGAUGCAUCCACCCAUCGUGAGGGGCGGGCACAGAAAGGGAGAGAUAUGGCACGCCUGCGACGCAGCUGAAAGGCUUCGCUUUGCGUGUACCUGGCGACUCGACGCAAGGUAGAUGAGGAACUUGCCAGGGACUGUACAAGAGCACACAAUGCAUCGGAAAAUGCAGUGCUCUCUCGCCGCGCGUGUAUCCACAUGUGUUCAAGCCUACUUCCGAGGGCAGCUUCGCUACUGCGGACAUUAUUCGGCAGCAGCUGCUGCUCGACCUCAUGGCUCGCACGACCCUCCUUGGCUGACAACACGCACAUACAAACAAACACGUCAGUGAACGGAUCUACAUGCCCCUCAUCGACGCGCCGACUUACUCCAAGCACGGAUGGCCAGCACGAGCAGCAGCUCACGGAUCACCAUUUUGAGCAGGGGAUAUCCGCCCGUAAUGAUUACCUCGGCCAGCAGCGUGUUGCUCUCCCUCGCCAGCAGCAGCACGCCCACAUUCACGGACAUCAGCGUGUAGAUAAACACCUGGACCAAGACCCCUGAUACAAUCGCCUUGACAAGCCGACCGCCCCAGCUCUUGGGCUCCCGCACAAUGGUCAUCCAAAACACCACCGAGCCCGCCAGCUGGGAAAGGACGGCAAUCCAGUUGGUGAAGGGGAACGAGCACGACUUGACUGAUCCCCCCGGCACACACGGAACGACACUGUAGAGAGCGAUCUGCAUUCCCCAGUUGACCCCGAUAGCCCCGACUGCAUGCCAGAUGAGUGACCUCCUCCCGUACGCUUCCGCGUGCUGCGGCGCCAAGUUGACCUCCAGACAAAGCACGGCACAGUUGUAGAGCAGCAGCUCGGUCGGCGGCUGUGAAAUCAAAGGGAUGGCGCCACUCGCAAAGGCAAUGAUGACCACAGUGAGGAAGAUGCCGACAAUAAGUGCCGCUGCCGUCAGCUGCAGGGUGGUAAGGAGGAUGCGGCCGAGAAAGCGAUGGUAGGCGACGAACUGGCAGGUGCAUCUGCCGACUGUCAGACGGGAGGACUCCCUCCACUCGGUCGAUUCGGCGUGGUUCAUCUUCGGUUCAUCCUCGUUUGUUACUCAUUCAACAUUUUGAUUCAAGAUCUUCGAAGCCAUGGGGGAGGCCAAGAUCUCUUCUUU